ACCGGUAUCAAAAUCAUUCCGGUUGCUUUUUUUAUAGCAAUCCGUGAACAUUGUUUUCCAGUGCCAUUUAUUACAAAGCACAUUCAAAAUGCCCAUUACAACGUCGCUGCUAUAUCUGGCACGCGGAGUGGUUAGUCGGUGGUGCGGCUCAAUAAUUCCACGAAAUAUACACACAACAGUGCAGCUUCUGCACGGUGAAUACGAAUGGCAGGAUCCCAAAAGCGAAGAUGAAGUUGUAAACAUAACGUACAUCGAUAAGGAUGGCAAGGAAACGACGGUUCGGGGGAAGGUCGGUGACAAUGUGCUUUAUCUCGCCCAUCGAUACGGUGUGGAAAUGGAGGGUGCAUGUGAGGCCUCGUUGGCCUGCACCACCUGUCACGUGUACGUGCAGGAUAAGUACCUCGAUCGCCUAACCGAGCCGGAGGAAAAGGAAGAUGAUCUGCUCGAUAUGGCACCAUUUUUGCGCGAAAACUCCCGCCUCGGAUGUCAGAUAUUGCUGCAAAAAGAUCUCGAAGGGAUGCGAUUACAGCUUCCGCAAGCAACACGAAACUUCUACGUCGAUGGACACAAACCAAAGCCGCAUUAGGUCUGAUUUAAGAUUGUUUUUACUCGUUUAGUUUCGUAAUGGUUAGGUUGGUUGUAAAUUUUCCGUUAUAUAGCGCUGGGAGAGCGGUUGAUAGUUUCUGCGUGCUUGGAAGCAACCGUUAAAUUCAGUUAACAGGAUUGUAAGAAACGUUACAUUUGAGACGUUGAAUAAAAGCGAUGAACA